AAAUCCACCAAUGAUAUCAAUGCGCCUCAGCGGAGGUUGUACUUCCGGUUACUCGUAUAAACCGACUGAGGCCUUCCCAUGCGGUUUUGAUCUGUAGUUGGACGCGUAGCUAACAACGACAAGACAGACAUAAUGGCCGAGAAUGAUGUUGAUAACGAGCUGCUCGAUUAUGAAGAAGAUGAGGAGCCUCAAGGAGCCCCUGAGAGCGCAGCCCCCGCAGGAAAGAAGGAGGUGAAGGGCUCCUACGUUUCCAUCCACAGCUCUGGCUUCAGAGAUUUCCUGCUCAAACCAGAGCUGCUCCGUGCCAUCAUUGACUGUGGUUUUGAGCAUCCGUCUGAAGUCCAGCAUGAAUGCAUCCCGCAAGCUAUCCUGGGGAUGGACAUCCUGUGCCAAGCGAAAUCUGGUAUGGGCAAGACGGCCGUGUUUGUGCUGGCCACGCUGCAGCAGAUUGAACCUGUUGAUGGACAGGUGUCUGUAUUAGUCAUGUGCCACACACGAGAGCUGGCCUUCCAAAUCAGUAAAGAGUACGAGCGUUUCUCCAAGUACAUGUCCACGGUAAAGGCAGCAGUAUUCUUUGGCGGCAUGGCCAUCAAGAAGGACGAGGAUGUCUUGAAGAAGAACUGCCCUCAUAUCGUGGUCGGAACGCCGGGCCGCAUCCUCGCUCUCAUCCGGAACAAGACCCUCGCCCUGAAGAACGUCAAGCACUUUGUACUGGAUGAGUGUGACAAAAUGUUGGAGCAGCUAGACAUGAGACGUGACGUUCAGGACAUCUUCAAGAUUACACCCCAUGAGAAGCAGGUCAUGAUGUUCAGUGCCACACUGAGUAAGGAGAUCCGACCAGUCUGCCGCAAAUUCAUGCAGGAUCCCAUGGAAGUCUUUGUUGACGACGAGACCAAACUUACACUCCACGGCCUGCAACAGUACUACUGCAAGCUGAAGGACAGUGAGAAGAACCGCAAGCUCUUUGACCUGCUGGACGUGUUGGAGUUCAACCAGGUGGUGAUCUUUGUCAAGUCAGUCCAGCGCUGUGUCGCUCUGGCACAGCUUCUGGUGGAACAAAACUUCCCUGCCAUCGCCAUCCACAGGGGAAUGGCUCAGGAGGAGAGGCUGUCUCGCUAUCAGCAAUUUAAGGACUUCCAAAGGCGGAUCCUGGUGGCCACUAACCUGUUCGGCCGAGGGAUGGACAUUGAGCGGGUCAAUAUCGUCUUCAACUACGACAUGCCUGAAGAUUCUGACACCUAUUUGCACAGGGUUGCCCGUGCUGGUAGGUUUGGGACCAAGGGCCUGGCUAUCACCUUCGUGUCGGACGAGACCGAUGCCAAGACUCUGAACGAUGUGCAGGAUCGCUUUGAAGUCAACGUGGCAGAGCUGCCAGAUGAGAUUGACAUCUCCUCUUACAUCGAGCAGUCCAGAUGAGUCCUCCAGCCAAGCAGAAGUCUCCUCUUCAUGGAUCUUGUGUCUUGUAUUUGGAUGUAGACGUAUUUCACUGUUGAUUUGAAAGCUCUGCUCGUUCUCUCUGUUCACCAAACAUUUAUUUUUAUUGUCAAUUUUUGGGCGACGGGGGGGGGGGGGGGUUGAUUUUUAAUUUGUCUUUUACUGUUUUCUUUUUUUUUUUGCUUAUGAAAUUAAAACUUUUUAUAAAAUGCCAUUUUCACUGUUGUGGUCUAUUGUGAGGCUGUUGUCUCUACCCCUUUUCAUUCAUUUGAAUCUCAAACAGCUUAAACAAAAAUUUAUAGGAAAGUAGUUCUGAGGAACAUGUAAAGUGAAUUUUAGCUCUUUUUUUAAUGUUCAUGCUAGUUUAUAUAGGACAUUGUGUUUUUGGUUUCCCCCACUGAAACAGUUAGUCUUUUAAAAAGUCAUGUAGUGACUGCUCACAUGGCAGCUAUUUCUUUGAAUUACCAAUUGAAUGCCUAACAACAAUAAAUGAAAAAUCCAAGUGGA